AAGGUAGCCGAGAGGCUUAUUCAGGACAGCUGCUUUCCUUGGCUGUUGCACAGGCCAAUUCUUUUGGCGCCAGAUUCCUUGGUUCCGGGAUGCAGAGGCAGCUGAGCGUCUCGGCGAUGCCCAAGCUCAUGCCGGAGGAAGCCGGCGGCGGCGACGAAGACGACGUGGAGGCCAAGCCCGAGAAGGCGCCGGCGCCGCGGUCGUCGGGGAUGGACCGCUCCGUGCACUUCAUACCGCUCGUCAUCGUGCUCUGCUUCAUCCUCCUCUUCCUCUGCUCCCACGACCCCUCUCCCUCUGAUAUGACGAGUUUUGGACAAAAGGCUGGAAGCCAGAAUGCCAAGUCACUCUGAUCCUGUGAAGAUCAAUCGACGCGCCAAGAAAAUUAUUUGUCUUUCAGUUUUUUUUUUCUUCAGUCCAAAUCCAAUUGUGUACGCAUAAACACGGUGCCUUAUGCUAUGAGGUUAAUCGCAGCAGUAAAGAACGUGGAAGCACAUUACAGCCGUCAAAA